UGGUAGAAGUCCGCCGGUGAACUUCCGGGACCUCGGCGCACGCUUUCCUUCCGCGGUUUUGUGAUACGAAAAUCAUACGACUAACAGUCGGCAUAUAGAAAAUAAAGACACAAUGAGCAAAGCACACCCACCCGAGCUAAAAAAGUUCAUGGACAAGAAGCUUUCAUUGAAGUUGAAUGGAGGCAGACACGUUCAGGGCAUCCUGCGAGGGUUUGACCCAUUUAUGAACUUGGUGGUGGAUGACUGUUUGGAGAUGGGCGCAGGAGGACAACAGAACACCAUCGGCAUGGUGGUCAUCAGGGGAAACAGCAUUAUCAUGUUGGAGGCCUUGGAGAGAGUAUGAGAGAGGAGUGUGUGGCUACGGAUCUAGAAAAGAAUGAUCCACACCUUUUUUCAUUGUUAUCUCUUUUAGCUUUGUUUGUUUAAGAGAGGCAAAGCCAUUGUGGGUCUUUGAAUCAUAUAAUGUCUAUCUGAUUUCCAUUGACAAGGAUGUUUCUUUUCUGUUUAUUCUGACUAGUGUAAUCUUGUGAAUAAAAUCAGUUUUCUUUGUA